ACUGUCAGCGCCGUGUUUCGUCGGCUAGUGCUGCAGCUCAGUUUUAGAAUCAUGCACAAACUAUUUCAGCGAAAUUUUCAUUUACGCUAAGGUUGCUUUGAAACUGUGGCUCUAGCGGCCUUGAUAAACAUGGCCUGUUAAUUGGAUUGCUAGCUAUCAGCGAAUCACUUUUCGCCAAAAAUGCUACCCGGCUAGCUAGCUAACAGUAGCUUCGUACAGCUACAGUGCCCUGCUAGCUUGCUAGCCGGUCAGGCAACCACCUUGGCUAGUUAAAGAGUACCAAAACGAUGCGAUCCCUGAGCUUUGUACAGCGUGUCAGUCUUGAUUUCUCGGGAACGCUGUUUCCGCAUGCGAUAUGUUUGGGAGACGCGGACAAUGACUCGCUGAAUGAGCUGGUGGUGGGCGACACGAGUGGAAAACUCUACGUGUACAAGAACGAUGAAUCGAAACCCUGGAUCACGCGCUCAUGCGUUGGGAUGCUCACCUGUGUAGGAGUGGGAGACAUCUGCAAUAAAGGAAAGAACUUUGUGGUAGCAGUGGGGGCAGAGGGCUGGUUCCACCUAUUUGACCUGACCUCAACUGCUACAGCUAAGUCUGACUCCUCCAGCCAGCAGGAGGCGCUGUUUUGGGAUGAUCAGAGGCCGUGCUUCACACAACACAUCCCCGCCAACACCAAGGUGAUCCUUAUCAGUGAUAUUGACGGAGACGGGAGCAACGAGCUGGUGGUUGGGUAUACUGACCGCGUGGUGCGAGCUUUCCGCUGGGAGGAGCCUCCUGACUCCACAGAUCUGUCCACAGGACAGCUGGUGCUGCUGAAGAAAUGGCUGCUGGAGGGACAGGUGGACAGUCUGUCUGUGAAUCCAGGGCCGGAGGGGGAGCCGGAGUUGAUGGUGUCUCAGCCAGGCUGCGGCUAUGCCAUUCUGCUGUGUUCAUGGACACAAGAGGGCACCACUGGGCCAGGGGAGGGGACCCCAACCACUCCUGGAGGUGAGGGGCCCUCCAGAGAUGUCAUUCUCCACUUGACGACUGGCCGCAUCCAUAACAAGAAUGUCUCCACCCACCUGAUCGGCAGCAUUAGCAGAGGUUCCAAAGAUGACUCCUCCAAGUGCGGCCUGUUUGCCCUCUGCACCUUAGACGGUACCCUGAAACUGAUGGACAGCUCGGAACAGCUACUGUGGUCAGUGCAGGUGGACCACCAGCUGUUUGCCCUGCAGAAGCUGGACGUCACAGGUGAUGGGAGAGAAGAGGUGGUGGCUUGUGCCUGGGAUGGCCAGACCUACAUCAUCGAUCACAACCGCAUGGUUGUGAGGUUUCAGUUCGACGAGAACGUCAACGCCUUUUGUGCAGGUCAGUACACCUGUAAGGAUGGCAAGGACAGCCCGUGCCUGGUCUACGUGGGCUUCAACCACAAGAUCUACGUGUACUGGAGGGUGGAGCUGGAGCGCAUGGAGCCCACCAACCUGCUGAGGGUGCUAGAGGAGAGGCCGGAGUACAGGGGCCUGAUGGAGCGCCUUGGCAUGGACCCUGAGGACACGCAGGCCGUGGCGGAGCUGGUCCGGGACGUGCUGUACGGGGACACGCCGGCCGCGUCGGACUGACGUCACCCUCCGUCGCUCUCUCUCUCUCUGCCCUCUGUGUACAGACCAUGCCAAUAAAG